AUAUCUCUACCCCCUUCCGGCGCUCGCUCUUGUCCCCUCUCCCUCAUCGUUUAGCCCAUUGCUGGGAUCGUUCCGCCAUGGCCUCUAGGAGGAGGUCCUUACUCAAGGUCAUCCUUCUUGGUGAAACCACAGUGGGGAAAACAUCUUUGGUGAACCAAUUUGUACACGAGAGAUUCAGGGAAGAGUCUGACUCUACGCUCCUUGCUGAUAUUUCUUCAAAGGAACUUCAGAUAGAUGACAGGCAUGUGACUUUGCAACUCUGGGAUACGGCUGGUCAGGAGAGAUUUAGGAGUCUUCCUCCAGUCUUUUUCAGAGGAGCAGAUUGCGUCGUAUUGGUCUAUGAUGUCACUAAUCCCAGUUCUUUUCGCUCUCUCGACAUCUGGCACCGACAGUUUCUUGAAACGGUCAACCAAUUAGACCCGAAGAAACUUCCAUUUGUUCUAGUUGGAAACAAGGCUGAUCUAGAUGGACAGAACAGAAGAAAGGUUUCUGAGGACAGAGCAAGGCAGUGGUGUGCUAUUUGUGGCAACAUACCUUACUUUGAGACAUCAGCAAAAGACAACCAGAAUGUUGAUGAUGCCUUUAUGCAUAUUGCUAAAAUUGCACUAGCUCAUAACAAUGAGAAGGAUAUAUACUUCCAGCAUAUUGCAGAAUUUGUUUCAGAACCACAGCAACGCGGAGGAUGUGCCUGCUGACUUAAGCUGCUAUCCCAGCUGUUUGUCAAUAUCUGUCCCAUCGAUCUUUUCACUAAUCAUUGUCUUCUUAUAUCCCUGAUCACGAUAUUUCAGCAUUCUUUCUACACUACCACUUGUUGUGCAUAAAGAACAUGGGAGAUCAGUAUAUUGCUUCUCUAUUGCUGUAAAUAGUUGCUGCCAUUGAUUUGGGUGGAAAAGACA